AUGAAGAGAGCUAUAGCAUCUGACAGUAUCCUCUAUCGUACUGAUAAAUCGGUGUUAGAGCGCCAAAGGGAAUGUCUUAAGUACCACAACCAGCUUGACCAAGCCGGUGACAACUCUAAUUUCGCUGCCUGCUUCUCCAACUCGAUUGAUGGGUCGAUAGGUCCUGAUCCAGGUUGGGAAAAUGGGUGGUCUUGUUUCGGUUUGGGGUCUCUAGAGAUGAACUACGGGACAGUGGCUGAGGAUAAAGAAAUACCUUCGAGUUCUUCGGAGACGUGGAGAUCAGGAAACUUCAAGAAGAGGAAGCUUGAGAGUGUUAAGGGGGUAGGUGCGUUGAUGGAAGAAGAUGGUAAACAAAAUAUGAAUAAAAAGAUGACUGGAGUGUUUAAAGAAGAGGAAGAGGAUGAUGAAGAGAGGUCGAAGAUAACAGAGGAAAACAUAGGAAGUACUACCAAAAGCAUCACAAAGAAAAAGAAAGUCAUAAAGGAACAACAAAAUUCAUCAAACGGUUCCUCCAAGAGUGAUUAUAUUCAUGUUAGAGCACGACGCGGCCAAGCCACUGACAGUCACAGCUUAGCAGAAAGAGUGAGAAGAGAGAAGAUCAGUGAAAGGAUGAAGUUUCUUCAAGAUUUGGUUCCUGGUUGCAACAAGAUCACAGGCAAAGCUGGAAUGCUUGAUGAGAUCAUUAACUAUGUCCAAUCUCUUCAAAGUCAAAUUGAGUUCUUGUCCAUGAAACUAGCCGCUGUGGAUCCGAGGCCGGACUUCGAGGCUGUAGACGACAUUUUUGGCAAAGAGAUUAUCACGGCUCAAACCACCGACUACAAGAAUGUUGUGAUGCCAUCUCAAGAAAUGGUUAACUCCGGUUAUCUUCAGUUCAAUCCAAUACAACAAGUGGUUCAAUCUUCAGAAGACGAGACAACUAUCAACAUGUUCGAUUCUGAUCCGAGUGGUGAAGCUCGUCCAAUUUGGGAUUCUGAAAUGCAGAAUCUUUAUAGCAGUUUAGGGUUUGAUCAAGGGUUGUCACCGUUACCAACGUAUACCAAUUGUCAACCACUUUCAGGCUCGAUGAAUACAAAUAACCUAAAAAUGGAGAUGUAA